ACACGGCCAAAGCAAACACCCGCAGUAGUACAUGUAAGCAAGGAACAUAAUUGAUCCAGUGGGAUAUGAAUCUGCUUGUGUUGAAAAGAUUACAGUUUUGAAAAAUGAAUACACAGCAGUGCCAAUGGACAUUUCUUGGAUGAUGACAUCCCAAACUCAAAUUCCUCCACCGGGACUAGGGGCCUCCUCCCUCCACAGUGGGUCCUGUUGCUUGACAUCAGCCAGAGUGAGAAGGAGGAAAUGAAGCGGAGAAGAGUCAAGUUAAACAAAGAUACACAGACCAGGACCAGGAAGUUUGUCUCCAAAAUAAUAUUGGCAAAAGAGCCUUUUGGAUAAUCUUACCAGCCAAAAAAGGGACAUUUUUUAAAUAAAAGACACACAUUGGGGUUGACUUUUUUUAACCGGGUUCUCCACAGGUUUGAGACUGUGACAAUAUGCUGUAAAAUAUAAUAAUUUGUUCAAUGAAAAGUUUAAUUGUACAUCCAUGGCAGACUUCUGACAUGAUAUUCUUCUUUUUCUAAUUGAUAUUUUAAAAGCAGACACAACAGCAACAGUUAUAAACCACAACAGCUGCAGUUUUGCUUCUGAUCUGAAGGUUUUCAAACAGCUGUAGCAGGAGCUGAACAAUUCUGGGUAGGGAAUAUAUUCUAAAACCGUGGUUCUCAACUUUUUUGGUGUCAAGGACCCCAAAUUGAAACACAUGAGGCCGCAGACCUGUGUUUAAUAGUCUCAGAGGUCUCUAUCUGAUAAGAUUUAAGUAUUCCAUAGCUGUAGAUUGGCAGAUUGACAGUGAAUAGUGUGAAACCUAUAAAAUGAGUCAUUCUUAUACAUCCUCUGAUUGGGCUAACUCUUAGUCAAUGAAAUAAUAAUGAAAUUAAAAUACUUUGGGGAACCCCUCGAACACCCUCAAGGAUUUUGGAGGGCCUUGGACCAUAGGUUGACAACCACUGGUCUAGAAUAUUUUGUGUGCAACAGGAGAAGACUGAAGGUAUUUAAAAAAUAUAUAUUUUAGAUAAUGUAAAAGGUCAGUGGGUGUUGCUUCCAUGCACUGUUUGACGACAGGGGCAUUGUGAACCCCUUCGUGACUGAGAUUAAAGGCUCUACAGAUGCAGGACUACAUACAUGAGACCAGGGUUGUUUUUAUUGGAGUUUGAAGAUAUUAAAACAGUAUAUUCUCAGUGGCCAGUUUAUUAGGUACACCUCACUAGAACUAAUGCAGUCUACUACAACAGCCCUGCAAUAAAUCCUACCACCAUGACAGUUAUUUAAUGUUUUAUGAAACUUUUAGAAAAGUGUUGAUUUAAUUGUAUAGUCACUUUGGAGACUAUAAUUUGUGGUGCUGUUUGAAUGUACUGUGUUAUACUUAGAGAUGUUUGUUAUCUUUAGUCUAACCUCAUUUAUAUAAAUGGUGUGGACACUCAAACACAGCUUUGCAAAAAUUCUGAACCUAAUAACCUUCAUAAAUGUAGGAUUUAUGGCAGGACUGUUGUAUAAGACCGCUUUAGUUUUAAGUAGGUGUUACUAUAAUAAACUGUCACCUCAGUGUAGUUUAGAGCUAAAAGUUGCACUUAGUAUUGCACAUGUAGAUUUAUAUAAUAACAGCAGUGUGGUAUAACCUGUCGACCGGUUAAAUGCUCCUUGUGCAGACUGCACAGGGCACAAACUGUAGACUAAUUCAUGCAUGAACAUAUUAACAGUAUUUUGACUGACAUAAUUUUUUAAGAGGAAAACUGAUUCUUAUACACCUUUCAAUAAAAGAUUUUAUGUCCUUAUGUGUGCUCUAAAAUGCACAUGACAUGCCAUUUUCCAUUAGACAAUGAAUUGCAACUCAUGAUAGGCUAAUUCUAAAAUGCAAAUUACAAUGAGAGACAGUUAUUGCAGUGCCCCAUGACUAUGUAGUGAUGUUACUGUUGUAAAGCCUGAAGGCUGCAGGUACACAGGACCUCCUGAGCCGCUCUUUCUUAUAGCACACCUGAAGGAAAUUUUCUCUGUGUUCAUCAAAAACCUGAGUUUAAAGUGUAAAUCUAGAGGCAGGGUUUGUGAUAUCAUAAAUAGUUUCGAACCAAUCAUGGUCCAAUUUUCAACUUUCACAAGUUGAUGUGGAAAUCUGAAGCAGUGCUCAUACACUGAGAAUGUACUUACAGUAAAGGACGAGACAUCUUGAUUGCAGCAGUUAAACUUUUGAACUAAUGAACUAUAUGCAUAGACCUAUUUAUAAAAUCUGGAUUUUUCACUAAGGGAGAAAGAGCAGAUGCCAAUUUAAGGAUUCUAAGAUAAUUGUUUUUUUGUGGAAAAACCCACAUCAUUCAAAAACUAUUAUUCAAGGUAUUUUAUCUUUUCUUUUUCAAAAUCUUAAAACGUGCGAGAUCUUUAAACUCAGGUUUUCAGUGAGCACAGAGAAACCUUUUAUUUUCAGCAGGUGAAUAUAAAACAGACGGAAAGAGGGCUUAUAUGAAAGGGAAAAGCCUUCUACUUCGAAGAUAAGCACCGGAUGUAGUAUUUGGUCACUGAGGCUGGCUUGCCGGCGUGCAGAGCUGACAGUGGAGCAGCCCAGUGGUAUCGACAGGCAGGGGAAGCCCUCAGACAGUAAGUACAGUGUCUCCGCACUGAGCGCUGCGCGUCUGAAGGGACUGACAAACACUUCGACCCAGACAGAGAAAAGCUGCAACGUUUGAUUUUCCAGGGAGGACAUGGCUGAUCAGAGUUUAAACGAGUCGUCCUCCGAGGACGUAUUUAACAGGUUCGCUCGUAAAGGUGCUUUGAGGCAAAAAAACGUCCACGAGAUCAAGGACCACAAAUUCAUAGCCAGGUUCUUCAAGCAGCCGACUUUCUGCAGCCACUGCACCGACUUCAUCUGGGGAUUCGGAAAACAAGGAUUCCAGUGCCAAGUUUGCUGUUUUGUGGUCCACAAGAGGUGCCAUGAAUUUGUCACAUUCUGCUGCCCCGGGGCUGAUAAGGGGCCCGACACAGACGAUCCAAGAACAAAGCAUAAAUUCAAGAUCCACACCUAUGGGAGCCCCACCUUCUGCGACCACUGUGGCUCUCUGCUGUAUGGCCUCAUCCACCAGGGCAUGAAGUGUGACUCCUGUGAUAUGAACGUCCAUAAUCAGUGUGUCAUGAACGUGCCCAGCCUGUGUGGAACCGACUACACUGAAAGGAGGGGACGUAUUUUCCUCAAGUGUGAGGUCAGCGGGGAAAAGCUGCAGGUCACAGUGUCUGAAGGCAAAAACAUGAUACCCAUGGACCCCAAUGGCCUGUCUGAUCCAUAUGUCAAGCUCAAGCUCAUACCAGAUCCCAAAAAUGAGACCAAGCAGAAGACCAAAACCAUCCGCUCCAACCUCAACCCUGUGUGGAAUGAAAGCUUUAACUUCAAGCUCAGGCCUACAGAUAAGGACCGCAGGCUGUCAGUGGAGGUGUGGGACUGGGACCGGACAACCAGGAAUGACUUCAUGGGAGCCCUUUCCUUUGGCGUGUCAGAGCUCAUAAAGGCUCCAGUCUGUGGCUGGUAUAAAUUACUUUGCCAGGAGGAGGGGGAGUACUACAAUGUUCCCAUCUCAGAGGAGGAUGACGGGAAUGAAGAACUGAGGCAGAAAUUUGAGAAAGCCAAACUAGGCCCGACUAAAAAGGUGAUCAGUGAGGCUGAUGGUGACCAGUCCAGCCAGCUGCCAUCCAGCAGCUUGGACCAGGUCAAACUCAGCGACUUCUCUUUCCUGGCUGUACUGGGAAAAGGCAGCUUUGGCAAGGUCAUGCUGGCAGAGAUGAGGACCACUGAAGAGCUGUUUGCAAUAAAGAUCCUGAAGAAGGAUGUAGUGAUCCAGGAUGAUGACGUGGAAUGUACUAUGGUGGAAAAGAGAGUCCUGGCCCAACAGGAAAAGCCGCCGUUCCUGACACAGCUGCACUCGUGCUUCCAGACUGUGGAUCGUCUGUACUUUGUCAUGGAGUAUGUGAAUGGUGGAGACCUCAUGUACCAUAUCCAGCAAGUGGGCAAGUUCAAGGAACCUCAGGCAGUGUUCUAUGCAGCAGAGAUCGCUGCUGGUCUCUUCUUCCUGCACAGUAAAGGAAUCAUCUACAGGGAUCUGAAGUUGGACAAUGUAAUGCUGGACUGUGAGGGACACAUUAAGAUUGCUGAUUUUGGCAUGUGCAAAGAGAACAUGAUGGAGGGAGUGACCACACGCACCUUCUGCGGCACUCCAGACUACAUCGCCCCAGAGAUCAUUGCAUAUCAGCCAUAUGGACUCUCUGUUGACUGGUGGGCAUAUGGAGUGCUGCUCUACGAAAUGCUGGCAGGACAGCCUCCAUUUGAUGGAGAGGAUGAAGAUGAGUUGUUCCAGUCCAUUAUGGAGCACAACGUGUCCUACCCCAAGUCCCUGUCCAAAGAGGCUGUCUCUGUCUGCAAAGGGCUGAUGACCAAGCACCCAUCCAAGCGUCUGGGCUGCAGCGCUGAGGGAGAGAGGGACAUCAGAGAACAUGCCUUUUUCAGACGUAUUGACUGGGAACGCCUUCAGAACAGGGAGAUACAGCCGCCCUUCAAGCCCAAAGUGUGUGGCAAAGCAGCCGAGAACUUUGACAAGUUCUUCACUCGCACUCAGCCCCAGCUCACACCACCAGAUGAGCUGGUUAUCGCCAACAUCGACCAGCAGGAGUUUGCAGGGUUCUCUUUCAUCAACCCGGAGUUUAUACACCCGUCUCUCCACAGCAGCGAAUGAGAAAGAUGGGGAAACCUCCCUGAAGAAUCUUCCCACUCACUGCCACCUACUUAAACCAACAGCCAACCUAACAUCUGACCACAACUUGAUCAAGGCACACCAUUAACCUUUAUGUUUUAUUCAUAAGCAGGAUUCUAGAGCAUGCAUAUCUUUUCUGUACAUUAUAUUUUCCGGUAUACAUAAUAUAGUAGAUAUUCUUGGCCACCACAAGAAAUCAUUUCCUUUAGUUUAAUGAUGAGCAUGUACUAUAGAACAUAUUUUCCCUCUUUAUUCCUGCAAUUUAUACUGAAAGCACUGAGAGAGAAAGGUGUUUGGCUUUAUUUAUCUAUGCCUGUAAAAAUAUAAGCAACAGAAUAUUUAAGGAGCAUUCAGCUAAAAUAGCAUUUAAGGCAUGGAGUAACUAAUUCUGGGAAAAGAUGCCGUGCAACUGUUUGUACAAAUCUCAAUAACAGUAUAGUCUACAGAUCUAGUAGGUGGGUCACAGCUUGUUAUAUACAUUUAAUGUGAUGACCUGAAAAAAACUCUUACAUAAGGCAGUGAAAUAUGCUACAGCCAAAUAUGAAGGACAGGUGGUGCAGGCAUUGAAACAGCACUUUGUGAUUCAAUGUGUCCUGUAUCAUGUUUACAGUUUUCUUCCCCUUUGAUUUAAUGGUAACGGUGUUAAAUGAUAUUUUAGUACAGUUUGAUUUUUAGCCGGUCUCAAUUUCCAGUGUGCGUAGCAAAUCAACUAAGGACUGAACUACUAUUGUAUUUAAAUAAUAUGCAGCCUGUACAAAACACAUACUGUACAAGGCACACUGGUAUGAAAGUGUGUCAGGGUUGGUUCCAAUUUGUUAAAACUUAACUUUGCUUAACUAUCGUCUACCUAGUUUGCCUGGUUUUUAAAAUAAUUAACACACUUCUUUCCUAGCCCUUAACCUGAGCUGCAGAUUGUACAUUUCCCUUGACAGUAAUUUUGUGGACACACAGUAAACAUUAAGCAUUUAAGUUCAUGGGCAGUGGCAGAACAUAUCGAUCUAAAGUUUACAGUUUGUCAUUUUCUAACACUAGUCAGUGUUAACCUCUGUCUCUGUCCCAGUACAGGCCCGCAAAACCUCCUAUUGGUCAUAAAUGUCUUAAAAUAGACAUUUCGAUAAACAGGUUUUUUUUUACGAUAUAAUAUGAUAUCAUUGUGUAUUAACCAUGCAAUGUUAUAUUGCACACAGUAUCGUGCCCUCAAGAGAAGAUAAAACACAUUUGUCAGGUUUCUUGGAUACAAUAGUUGCAAAUCAGAAAUACUUUUGCUGAAAGGAAUAUCGCUGUCCAGAGAACAAACUCAUCCUUCAUUGGGAGUAUGUCAACAUAAUCAUUAUUGAUUGAAUCAUAUUUAGUGUCCCGCUUUUUUUUUUGUUCUUUCAUAUCUUUGAAAUAGUUUAGUUCUUACUCUCCUCUUUUAUGUGAUAUCAUACAUAUUUUUCCAUUAGAUCAGAUUCAUAUUUUAGAGUAUCAAAUAUCAGUGUAUAACUCCUUUGUAAAUAAUCAUGAGUUAUUUAAAGAGAGUAUAGCAAAUUGCAGUUUUUAUACCAACACCUGAAUGUGCUUUUAUUACAUUAAUUAGAUAAACCAAUAUUUGUAUGUGUAAAAAAAAAUUUUUUUUAAAAAAUGAAACAACAAAGAGAGCACCCAGUACAGAUCAGCAGUGUAACAGCUGGAUGUCUUUAACAGCAUUCAGAUUUAGCAAGUUGUGAGAAAUAGCUGUGCUGAUGACUGCACAUUGUGCAUUGAUUGGAUGAAUGUCUGGCUGUUGACUGUCCCUCUGUAUCUGCAUGCUGUUGGUAGACAUCAUCCAUGCACGUGAUCCAUUAAAUGUUGCAUGCUACUUAAUAUAAAACCCCAAAGAGUUAUGACUUUAAAAUGAUACUCCACUCAAAAUAUAAGUUUAGAGUUCAGCGUCACACCAUGUACCAGUUUCAGUCAGCUGGAAUUCAUGUUGAUUACAAUGAAUUUGAUUAGUAACAACUUUUCAAGGUGGUAAAAUUACUAUGGGUGUUGAGUGUUGCAUCCUUGAAACAAAUAGAUUAAUUGUGUAGUAUCACUUGUGUAGUAUUAUCAAAAUUUUAGGUGGGCCUUUAAACAUCACAGUCAGGUAACUUAAGAGUGCUGAUCUGACACCAGCUAGGCUCUUUUUAGAUUUUGUGACUGUACUACCCACAAAUCACAAUUCAGAAGUCUAAUGCUCAGGCAGGUUGACACAGUAACCUAUGUGUGAAAGCAAGAGUGAAGAACAACAGGGAUUUUGCCAAAAGAUGGGAGAUUGCAGGAAAUGUAGAUAAUAGAGGAGACAUUUAUCUACAGUACAGUUGUUAGAUUCUACUUUUAAAUAGAUACUAAUAGACACCUUUUGAAAUGACUCUUUCCUGAGACCUAGUCGCUGCUUCAAGAUCAGUACUCUUUCUCUGUAGAAGCUUGUAUAUGUAUACAUUAUGGCCCCUGGUUCCAUUUGCCUUUACCUAUUUAGCUGUAUACUGAAUGCAGAUCUGUGGUGAGUUGUGACUUAGUAUCUCUGCUCAUUGGUAGACCUAUGGGACCACUCACUCUCUAGUGUCUAAUUAAUGGGGUUUUAUGUUAUAAUCUUUUAAUCUUCUAAUCUGUUGUGUCGUCUCAUUGUAAAAUCUUGUUCUUUUGCUUUUGCCGUUUUGUUUUGGUUUUUUUUGGCUGUUAUCCGUUGUUGUCAAUGAUAUCAGGUUUAUUUCUCCAGCUUCUGCUCAAUAAAUUCAGGAAUGUUCAAAGGACAUAUAUCACAUUGGAAAACUUGUAUCUGACUAAUAUAGAUCAGAAUUAUUGAAACAUUUGUAAUAUUUUCUCCAAACUUUUCUAAUAAUUGUGCACUCUCCUACCGUGUUUCCUAUCAUGUAUUAAUAACUUUUUGCAUGUGCCAAACCUGGAAAUGCCAGAACCCGACGAUAGCAGCGUUGCACUAGCUGUAGUCAGAUGAAUGACUCUUUCUGGCAGCUUCUCUGUGUGCGGGCUGAGAUCUGCCUAAAGCCACACCUGCUGUACACUCUGUUGGCCACAUAACAUAUAGCAUGCUGUCAUGAAUAUACCAGUGCACAUUGUUUCAGUACAUGUUACAAUGCCAGUCAGUUUGACAGUUGACUCACCAUACAAACAAACCAUACACGGUACUAGAUUUCUCUUCGAAGUAGCCUGUCUAACCUUGGGCAGAAUUGUGUCUGGAGAAACAUUUCAUUUGAAUAAACAUCUACAGUGAAUUUGUCAGAAGUGAGAGAAAAUAUACCUUGUACAUACUUAGAGUUUACUCAGCAACAGUCUUGCACUUGUCUGAGCCUAACUUGCACCUCUGUAUGUGCUGACAGCAGUCUAGCUCUACCACAAGUCCAUCCCUAUAAUAGCCUCUUUGAUGACUCGUUUCCCAAUCUUCUUUCUCCAUAGAAAUAUUUUCAAAAUGUCAAGUCACAGUCAGUGUGGGCAUGAAGAAAAAAUAUUAUUUACUCUCCCCUUGUGUGCCUUUCCCUACUUGAACAAAUAUACUAUACAUCUUCUUCACUGUCAUCCUCGUUCAACUCUUUACUCCAUUUUUCUGGCAUACCAUAGCUCCACUUGUUGUAAUUCAAAUUAUUUUCAAACUAUAUUAAUUUACUCAAUUUCCUUUCAUUGUACUUCAUGUUUGUGUUUUAGCUCAUAUAAUUCUCAUAAAUAUGUACGUUUUUGUUCAGGAUUUUAAUUUCAAGCGCAUCGUGUUGACUGGCGCCAAUAACUUCUACGAAUAACUACAACUUGACUCAUCCUUUUGUGUCUGCUUGCUUUUACCUUUACCUCCCUGUGCCUAUUAAUGCCUGAAUGAUGUAGUUAGUUAAUAAAUUAAUGUGUAGACAAUAUCAGUGUAUUGAGUGAUGAAAAAAGUGAAGGAACAAUGAACAGCUGAUUAAUGGAGUUUAGUUAAAAUGAAUGAAAGGACAGAUGACAAUGGCUUGUUUGGAGGAUGACCCCUGUGCCUCAUCACAUUGAAUCUCCCCUCCCUUGUCGUCUCCUGUUUGCCCCCCUUCAAUCUACCUGUUCCUCCUUCCUCAGUGCCUGGGCCAAGUCAAUCCAUCAUCUUAUCGACAAUGUCCUCCCUCUCCCACUUAUUAAAUCCCGUCAGAUCAGAAAAGCAGUUGAUUUGUCCUGUGUAAUUCACACAACGCAGUUUGCAUCAAUUCCACACUUUACUCCUCUCUACUGGUUCCCUCAAUGCACCAUGGGAAAGGAUUUAUAGGAGCCAUAUGUAUUUAGUGUUUUACUUUGUUUACAUUUGAUUUGAUGUCAUCACCGUUUUGUUUUUAGUUUAAUUGAUUAGAAUGGCAAGAUUAUAAUGGGGUAACUUCUGUAAAGAUAUAAUCUUAAAUGUAUGGUUUGAGAGAGAAAUGUGUUCAGACUUUUUUAAAAUUGGCAUUUCUUACAAUACUGCUUUUAGGUACUUGUUUGCUUUAGACUAAUCUUGUUUCCCUUUUGACUGUAGUCAGUCUUUGCUUUCUGCUGUGUCCUGUGUGUUCGCUGUGAACUCAGAGAGUUGAAGUGAACUGCCAUCCUGUCAGCCAUAAAAAGCACAGGAUCAAUGAUGUGCAGGAAUGCCUUAUCUCUUAACCCAUACAGUAACAUGGUCUCUUACUCUCCUCUCUAUGUUCAUUUAUAAUCUCCCCGUCUUUGUACAUAAAUGACUUACAGUAGAUAUCUACAUAGACUGUAAAAGAAAGAAUAUAUUGUAUUUUGCAAAUAGUGUAUGUGUGUUUUCUUCCCCAGUAAGCCUGAAUCCUUUAAAAUGAGUCUGAGCUACUUACCUUGUAAUUGAUUGUGUCAUUUGUACCUAAUGUAUGAUAAUGCAAAUAAAAAAAAGGAAAAUGAGA